UUCAUUGUUUUCCUCUUAAUCAUUCAUCAUCUUGCAUCGGGCGGCUUUGGUUAGACGGAUGAAUGACUAUGAAAAGCUAGAGUCACCCUUGAAUUAUGAUUCAAACUAUGCAAGAGGAUGUUUUGACUGCUUAUUUAAAUAGUUUGACUAGUGAAUUCUUGUCCAAAGCCAUAGUGGAAACACUGGAAUCUACAAGUUAGCUUCCCACUAUUGAAUUCUUGUCCAACGCCAGCGCCCGGCCGCCAUGGAGAUCGUUCAUAAAUACGUAGAGAGACGGGUGCCUUCCCACCACUCCAUCUCACAAGCACAAGAGCAAUAGCUUGGUAGAGACAUCACCAAACUGAAACACCAAUCAAGAUGGUGAGCUCUGCAACAGCCUUCACCAUGUCCUUCAUCCCACUCUUCUUCACCCUCACUCUCCUCUUCCCUACCACCAUGUCUCAAAACUUCACUUCUGCCGCACCUGUCACUCCGGACCACGCCUGCAGCUUCACUACCGAUCCUUCCUUCUGUCAGUCCCUCUUGCCGAGUGAAUCCCUAUCCAACUUCUACGGCUACGGCCAGUACCUCAUCAAGAAGUCCUUACAGCAGUCAGCCACCUUCUCUUCCCUCAUAAACGAGACCAUAAGAGAUAAGGCAGCCCUCACCCCACGAGCGGCAGCAGCUCUCGAAGAUUGCCUGCUUCUCUCCGAACUCACCACUGAUUUCUUGGUUAACUCCCUCUCCACCCUCGACUCCUGCGACUCCACCAGCCUGGCGGAAGACCAGGCAGACCUGGUCCAUACCCUCAUGAGUGGCAUCGUCACCAACCAGCGCACUUGCUUGGAUGCCCUCACCCAGGCGUCCUUCUUGCAGCACGGCCAUAAGUUGUAUGCGCCAUUGAUGAAUGGGUCUCAGCUCUACAGUGUGUCGCUGGCCAUGCUCACCAACUCCUGGGCAUUCAAGCGCAGGAAGGCCGUCGACCCUGGCAGGAAGCUGCUGGAUGACCUCAGAGUAGGUAGCGAUGGUGCCCCUCGAUGGGUGAACCGGAACAUCUUCCAUUUCGCCGCUGGAAGGAGGAUGGCACUGCAGACAGUGGGCAGCGUGGUGGUGGCUCAGGAUGGCAGCGGCAAUUACCGCACCAUCAGCGAAGCCAUUGCUGCUGCUCCAGCCAACGACGGAAGCAAUGGGUACUACGUGAUCAACGUGAAGACGGGAGUGUACCAGGAGUACGUCACCAUACCUAAGACCAAGAAGUACAUAAUGAUGGUCGGUGACGGAAUGGGUAAGACCAUCAUCACCGGCAACCGUAACGUCGUCGACGGAUAUACCACCUUCAAUUCCGCAACCUUCGCUGUCUUUGGAGAUGGCUUCGUGGCAACGGGAAUUACGGUUCGCAACACGGCCGGAGCUGUCAAGCAACAGGCGGUGGCCAUGACGAAUGGCGCCGACCUCUCCACUUUCUACCAGUGCAGCUUCGAAGGGUACCAAGACACUCUCUACACCUUCUCCAUGCGUCAGUUUUUCAGAGACUGCAACAUCUACGGCACCAUCGAUUUCAUAUUCGGCGACGCGGCCGUCAUUUUCCAAAGCUGCAACAUUUACGUUCGGCUGCCGAAUCACGGGCAGUUCAACACGGUCACGGCUCAAGGGAGAAGCGACCCCAACGAGAACACGGGCACAUCCAUCAUCAACUGCAACAUCUUGCCUGCUUCUAAUCUUGGCAAUGUACAGACGUAUCUGGGCAGGCCAUGGCAGCAAUACUCGAGGACUGUGGUCAUGCAGUCCAAUCUCGGCAGCCUCAUAAACCCUGCCGGUUGGUCUCCUUGGUCCGGCAAUUUUGCGCUUAGCACGUUGUACUACGGCGAGUACAGCAACAGCGGUCCGGGUGCGGCCACCGGGGGCAGGGUCAAGUGGGCUGGGUUCCAUUUGAUGAGUGCGAGUGAUGCUAGCCGCUUCAGCGUGUCCAAUUUCGUGCAAGGAAAUAAUUGGCUACCGAAGACGGGCGUGCCAUUCGGAGGUUGAUGAUUUCGUGUCAUAUACUUCAUUUGUUUUUCACGUUUUUAGAUUUUUUGCA